UCUGUUGACAUUCAUGGCGAGAGAUGGAAGAAAGGACGUUUCUUUGUCUGAUCCGUUCGUUCGUUUAGUGGGUUGAUCAUUGAUGGCAGUGACACUACAUGGGUUGGUGAACCCUCUUGAGUUUCACGUCAUAUCACUGCUCAGAAUGAAGUUUGCGCCCUGUGUUCUGAGGUUGUUUGAUUGUUAGAGAGCAUGCAUUCCUUUCUUUGAUAUGAGUUCUGAGGAAAGCUCGAGUCUUGACCAAUGGCUGCUUGGGGAAGCUAGCCAUGGUGUUGAAGAAGCUUUAAAAUGGUGUUGAAGAAGCUUUAAAAUUGUUAAACUGCCCGCACCCUCUGCAAGCUUCGGACAUUUACAGUCUCGAAGUUGGAAGCGUGUAUCCUGUUGCACGGUGGCUUGUCAAUCAUAUUUGUACCUGUGUUGGAGUUAUGGGGGAUGAGGAAAAUACUCUUUGGCAGCUUGAUGGUGGAUUAGGUGCUGCAAGAACUACUUUUGAAUCUAGAUACAGCGAUCCAGAGGACAAGAAGCUGAUGAGAAUGUAUAUUUUAGAAGAGAUGCAACUCUUACACGAGAAAAUCAGGGCAGCAAAAGUCGAUUCUGUGGUUCACCGAUUAAUGUUGCUCAUGAAGUCACUGAAGGUCUUGGAAAAGAAAGAAUUGGAUUGCCAAUCUGAUCACACUGCAAAGAAAUCAGAUUUGGAAGCCAAGAUUAUUCACUUGGAGGAGAAAAUAUCCAACAACUGUGAUAGCAAGAGUCUCCAUGAUGAUUUAGACCAUUGUAUUAGCAAAUCACUGGAAAAGUUGCACCUUGCGAAGAAGGACCUAGCGGCUAGACUGAGGAUGGUAUUGUCUGUAAAGCGGCAACUUGAAGAUGUGCCUUCCCAAUCGGAACUCAUUCAGUAUGAACGCCGCUUUUCUGAGUUGAAUAUGAAUAUUGAGGAAAUUCAUAGACAAACACGUAAAUACUAUGCAACAUAUAAUGCACUUUUGGAGCUUAAAGAGCUAAUGCUGAAGGAAACAUCAUUAUUGAAUUCGCUAAAUUCCCAGUUUCAAGAUGCCAUAAGUGAUACUGCUGGUCGCCUGAAACUUAUUGAUUCCAUGGAAGGAAUUCUGAAGGGCAUAAAACAGAAGCUACAGAAAGUGCAAGAGGGGAUCCAGGCUGAUCAGAGAGUCUGCAAUACACUCAGGGAGAAGUAUGCGGCAGCAGCAGCUAGUCAGAGGCGCAGUUCUAGUCUGUUAAGAGCUCUUCAGGAGGAAAUCACGAGAAACCAGAGACUUAAGAGUGAACUUCGGUCCAGAAAUGCUGCUACACCAUGUGAAGUCGAGGUGAUAGGAAGUUUGUGAAGUUGUGGAACUAAUAUGAGGGUGCAGCUUUGGUCAAGAUGAUUCACGUGACCUGUGUACCACAUGCCUGCGUACGAAACUAGUAGUCUAUGCAAUGCAGGAUUGAGGCUACGUGCAUCUGGUCAUCCUGAGAAUCUUCAAUGUGGGGGCAUCAUGGAUUGAGGGUCCCACUUAGCAUGUUCAGGUAAAUGAUUGCAGAUUAUGUGGAGCGACAUAAGUCUUUAGUUACUUUUGAUGUUAGGUCAAGGCCUUAAAUUGUCGUGUAUGGUUUUCAAAGCCAGCACAAAAGCCAUUUAUCGGGUUCUGAAUGAUGUAAAAUUAUCUGGAUACAACCUUUCUUACCUUUGAUAAUUAUAACAUGAUUAUUUUAGGACAUUUUUU